CAAGUUAGAUAUACAUUAUGUUUUUUAGAAUAUCGCCAGCGAAAAUGUCGUUCGGAAUAUCUCAAUCCAAUUAUUUAUUUAACGGCGGCCAGUUAACGCCGUCGAUAUACUUCGCCGGAGCUCCGACCAACUUGUCCUCUCUCCUAGUCUCAGGCAAGAAGAAGAAGUCAUUAUUCUCUACUAGAAUAAGAAGAAUUCAAGAACUUCAAAACACAUUACAAGUCAAAAGAACUCCACCUCUAGUCUGUGGAAGAGUCUCCCCUCGUCUUCCUGUUCCUGAUCACAUACCAAAGCCUCCCUACCUUGAAUCUACCGAACCACCAAAGAUAUCAAGUGAACAUCAGUUUCCUGACUCCAAAGGCAUCGUUAAAAUGAAAGCAGCCUGCGAGCUCGCUGCUCGUGUGUUAGACUACGCAGGAACUUUAGUUAAACCAUUUGUUACCACAGAUGAAAUCGACAAAGCAGUGCACAAGAUGGUUAUCGAGUCUGGUGCUUACCCUUCACCUCUUGGAUAUGGAGGGUUUCCGAAGAGUGUUUGUACAUCAGUCAAUGAAUGCAUGUUUCAUGGCGUCCCGGACUCUCGUCAGCUACAGGAUGGGGAUAUUAUAAACAUAGAUGUCGCAGUCUACUUGGAUGGAUAUCAUGGAGAUACGUCUAGGACUUUCCUCUGUGGAGAUGUCGAUGAAAGUCUUAUACAACUUGUGAAAGUCACAGAAGAAUGCUUGGAGAAAGGUAUGUCGGUUUGUAGAGAUGGAGCAAGCUUCAACGAGGUUGGGAAGAUCAUCAGUGACUAUGCUGCAAGGUAUGGCUAUAACAUGGAGCGCUUUAUAGGGCAUGGUGUAGGAACGGUAUUACAUUCAGAGCCUCUUAUAUAUCUUGACAAAAACUAUGAUUUUGAAAUUGGCUAUAUGAUUGAAGGUCAAACGUUUACGCUUGAACCAAUUCUCACCAUUGGAACCACUGAGUUUGUAACAUGGCCGGACAAAUGGACAAUUUUGACAGCAGAUGGUGGUCCGGCCGCACAGUUUGAACAUACGAUUUUAAUUACCAAGUCUGGUGCAGAGACUCUCACCACAUUAUGAACUGUAGAUAGUGUUCUAGAAUUAAAUUAUUGACGAUUCAUA